AUGGUUCUGGAGGUCAUGGCCGCGACGGCCGACGGCGGAGUGUGCGAGAUCAAGAUGGAUGACAGCGGCCGCCUGACGCACAUCUGGUGGCAAACGAGAGAGCAGCCUUUCAUGGACGAGUUCAGCUUGCUCGCGCGUGGAUUUGUGGGUCUACGCGUAACUUCCGAAGUAUUGUUCGUUCCCUCCCAGGUCAAGGCCAGAAGAGAGAUCGGUCGCUGGGCGGGAAUUGGUUGGAAAACAGCAGACCCACAUACCCCUCGGUCCUGUUGCUGCUGUGGUGCAUCCAUUCGCAUCAUGCCGCGCGAGAUCAUCACCCUGCAGGUUGGGCAGUGCGGCAACCAAAUCGGGAGCGAGUUUUGGAAGCAGCUGUGCGCCGAGCAUGGCAUCAGCCCAGACGGCACCCUCCAGGAGUUUGCUUCGCACGGUGACGACCGAAAGGAUGUCUUCUUCUACCAAGCGGACGAUGACCACUACAUCCCUCGAGCGUUGCUGCUGGACCUGGAGCCCCGUGUGAUCAACAUGAUCCAGAGCGAAGGGUACCGGGAUCUCUUCAACCCGGAGAACGUCUUCGUCAGCAAGGAGGGUGGCGGUGCGGGGAACAACUGGGCCAGCGGCUACCGGCAGGCUGAGGAGCAGCACGAUUACCUGAUGGACAUGAUCGAUAGAGAAGCGGACGGGAGCGACAGCUUGGAGGGGUUCGUCCUUUCGCACUCGAUCGCCGGAGGGACUGGAUCGGGGAUGGGUUCAUACCUGUUGGAAAGGCUGAACGACCACUUCCCCAAGAAGUUGAUACAGACCUACUCCGUCUUCCCGAACGCCACACAGAGCCAAAGCGAUGUCGUGGUGCAGCCGUACAACUCCAUCCUUACCUUGAAGCGGCUGACUCUCAACGCGGAUGCUGUGGUGGUGCUGGACAACACGGCUCUCAAUAGGAUAGCGGUGGAUCGCCUCCGCAUCCCCAACCCCACCGUGGGGCAACUCAACUCCAUCGUCAGCACCGUCAUGGCUGCCUCGACGACCACCCUGCGGUACCCCGGGUACAUGAACAACGACCUGAUAGGUCUGGUGGCGUCUCUCAUCCCCACCCCUAGGUGCCACUUCCUCAUGACCGGCUACACCCCUCUGGUCAUCAGCGACACUCAGACGAGUGCCGUGCGAAGAACGACCGUUCUGGACGUGAUGCGAAGACUGACCCAGACCAAGAACAUCAUGGUGUCCGCCAGCACCAAGAAGGGCUGCUACGUCUCCAUCCUCAACAUUAUCCAGGGAGAGGUCGAUCCCACACAGGUCCACAAGGCUCUGCAGAGGAUAAGGGAGCGAAAACUGGUUAGCUUCAUCCCAUGGGGGCCAGCAAGUAUUCAGGUGGCUUUGUCGAGAAAAUCACCGUACGUGGAGACAGCGCACAAGGUUAGCGGGCUGAUGCUGGCGAACCACACCUGCAUGAGCCAGCUGUUCACGAGGAGCCUGCAACAGUUCGACCGCAUCCGAAAGAGAAACGCUUUCGUCGACAACUACAGGAAGGAGCCCAUGUUUGCCGACAACCUUGACGAAUUCGAAGACUCCAGGGAGGUGGUGGCAAGCCUGAUCGAAGAGUACAAGGCUUGCGAGAGUCCGAACUACAUCAACUGGGGCAUGGGAGGGGGGGCGGCGGGCGGAGAAGGAGCGGGGGCGGCGGCAGCGGAAGGAGGCGGCGAGGCGGCCGCGGCAACAUGACGUCACUCGUAGGAUGCCGAAUCAAGAAUUAAGGAACGGGUAGAAGGCACUCUUGCGUGUACUUGCCAAGAGUUUCCCCCCGACACUUGACUCUGACUAUGUAGCCAUGGUGCACUGGUUGCGUCAACCUCUAUGUGUAUAGCUCUUGCGGCCAUCGAAAGGUAUGCUUGCCGCAAGCAAAUUGGACGGGGGCUGUUUGUAUACCGUUAACGCUGACGAAAGGUAUCUAUUUGCCGGCUGCUGCAGCGGAGGAGUUCGCGAAUCACGUAGAAGCCGUAGAGCAGGUGGCGGAGUGAGGACGGAUGGAAUGUGUCGAGCGAGACUUGCUUGGAAUUUGGUAUCGGGAUUCAGAGCUUUACUCUGAAUCCCCUCCCCAAGCGAGUGAAAAGGACCAGGGUCCUUGCUGGAUGCAGUCUGAGGGUGCCCAUCAGCAGACGGUGGUUUGUUAGCAUCGGACCGUCUGUUUGCCAUGCAGUGAUUUUGGCCGUUAGUUGUUACGGCUUAUUUUCGACCAUCUCUGGACGCGCCAUACAAGAAUUGUGUUCCCUUUUCGGGUAGUUAGCCCGCUUUGGCACGGAAAACGUCCGCAUAGUGUGUACCGGUACGGAUUUUGAAAGGUACUGUUUUUGAAUGUGAAGACAACAACAAGAACAACGUGCAACCCUGCACUGCAGGAAGAACAAGGCAUCCAUACAUCAAUACGGCCGAUCGCUUCAAGAGAGGCAGGGGGGGUGGUUUGUACCGAAACUCCGCCGGGGCUCCAAGAGUCUUUGUCGAACUUGGCAAGCUCAAGCUUGCCCGUCGCCGACCCCCUGGCACAUGCAUAAAAUCUCGGACGAAGGCCCAACCAUACGUCCUUGUGGGUAUUCUUGGUGGGAGUACCGUAUCUCUUGACUAUAAUAGGCGGAAAACACAUGCUGGUCCAGCAGGUCCGCCUGCAUUAGGGGCGGCGGGCAUCAAGCCAACGGACAUCGGGUUCGGGUUCUUCCACGCAGCAGCAGCCGAGAGGCACGGGGGGGAAACAGAAACAAUGCAGUGCUUCCGCGGAUACGGUAGGUUGUAACCCCCCCCGUACCAGAGAUAAAAAAUGCACCCUAGCCUAGACAGCACGUUUGAGCGCCCACCCUUCUGUGCUCUCUCAGGUUGAACAAGACCGGUUCAGUUUUCCCUUGGGUACUACAUGUUCCUUCCGAGUGCAGCAAAAGAAAGAGCCCUCUCGUAGCGUAGCCCCAUCGCAUU